AUGCACACACUCAUUGUCCUGGCCUCCUUGGUGGCAUCUGGUGUAGCGCAGUUGAUGACUCCGUCUGACCUGGCCACGAUUCCCGCCCCGGACUUACAGACUGUUCCAGUCGGUGUCGGCAACCAGACUGUUCCUAUUUCGGCCGCGACCUCGAAGCGGGCCCUCAGAAAGCUGUUUGCUCGAGAUUGUGACACCCUGCCUCCAGGAAGCGGCCCUGUUCCUUCCAUCGAUACAGACCAAGCAUUCCUGGCUUACUCCAACUUGUCCAACGCCGCGCUACAGGCCACCACUCCGCCUGGGUGGUAUCAGACCUUCCAGAACCUGCAGUCUGCCACUUCGGCCUCGAUCUACCAAGGCUACAAGACUUAUUCAAACUACGAUACUGCUCGAUGCGCAGCCGACUGUGCCCAAAUUUCCGGAUGCACAGCUUUCAACAUCUUCUUCGAAAGAGAUCCGAGCCAAGACCCCGGCCUGGCCUGCCCCAACCCGUCGAGCACAACUGUCAUCAAGUGUAGCUUCUGGGGUGUUGGAAUCGGCCCGUCCACUGCCACGAACAGUGGCCAGUGGAGGAAGGACUUUCACGUCGUUAUUGCUGGAUCAAACGGAUACCAGCUUUCGGCGCCUAUCUACAGCAUUUCCGGCUACAACUCAUCUUUCACCAACGCGGCCACCAUCAACGCCCCGACCAGCUGCAACAGCUACAUUACAUACAAGUCUCACACUAACCAAGCGUACGAUCCUUCCCUAUGCGCCGAUGACUGCGCUGCACAGAGGCAAGAGACGAACCCGUUCAAUGGCCUUCGAUGCCGCUUUUUCACCAGCUACCUGCUCGUGAAGAACGGUGUUGUCCAGGCGCAGAUCUGUGCUCUGUACUCGCGCACUUGGGACCAGAGCUACGCGACGAACACGGGAUACUCGUCCGGCUCAGACGUUUACACGAUCCAAUACGCCUACUCUUACACAUAUUCUGCUGAUAUCGGCAACUUCAACUGUCCCCAAGGCGGUUCUGCGACUACUCCUUCCCCGGUUGCUUCUAUUGCAACGACCUCGAUCACGACGAUCAGCACAUCCAACUCAGUUACCGCCACCACAACUGUCACGACCAACAAGCCUACCACAUUGUCCACAUCUUCUGUCAAGCCUACUACAUCUGCCAUCACGGGUGGAACGAAUGGAUCGCCCCUGACGAGUUGCCCAAGCCCGGUUAGCUAUGUCGUUGGCUACCAGGGUGGCCUGUAUGCUGUCUGUCUCGAUACCGACUUCCAAAUCCCCAGCCCGCAGAUCUACUACGGCUACAAGUCCAACCGGGACUGCGUCUCCCAAUGCGAGACAACGGCGGGUUGCACCAAGGCUGUGUUCAAACUGUCAACCCAGACAUGCUAUCUGAAGGGCAGCCCCAGCGUUCCCGCUUCGAACUGGGCCGUCAACCAGGGGUUUCAGACGCUGGUCAAGGUGGCGGACGGUACCCCCCUCAACAGUUGUCUGGCACCCACCUACACUGUCACCUCUGGCAAGACUGUCUACCAGGUCUGUCCCAGCAGCGAUUUCACGAACAACCCAGCCACAGACAUCUGGUACGGCGUCGCCAGUGAUGCCGCCUGCAUUGCUCUAUGCCAGACGAGAAAUGGAUGUACCAAGAUAGUGUACAACUUCGUCACCAAGACCUGCUACAACAAGGGGAACCCUUCGUUGGCCAGCACUGGCUGGCACGUUAACACCCAGUUCCGCGCAAUCUAUAUCUCAUAG